AUGGACGUGUUUGACGAUAUUGAGCGCGUUCCAGCGACUUUGCGUACGCUUGCUGGUGGCCACGAGCCUCGCCGAGGUCAGAUUGAGGCUGUAAAGAGUCUCGCGAUCUACCAACAAGACACCAUUCUCGUGGCCGCUACCGGCUACGGCAAAAGCGCUGUAUUAUUCGCAUUUUCCGCGAUCAAACCCGACAGAAUCACCGUUCAAAUCGUGCCAUUAGUGACGCUGGGAGAGAGCCAGAGACAGGGCAUUGCCACCAAGUUACCGGAGUCGAGGCCCAUCUGGGUCGAUGCAGAUACCCACCUCAAAGAAGUCGAAGACCGGAAAUACAGCCACGUACUCUUGAGUCCGGAACAGGCGCUCAAUCCGAAGUUCAAAGCCAUCCUGAGAGACCCGGCAUUCCAUACGAAGAUCGGACUCUUUGCCAUUGACGAACUACAUUGCGUCGGCGAAUGGCGGCAUUUCAAGGAGGAUUACACGUAUCUCUAUACGUUGCGGACCUUGGACAGAGAUAAUCAAGGCUAUAUCCUCAAGCAUGCCGGCUUUAAUCCCUACCCCAGCAUCAUCCGUACCUCCAUCGACAGACCCGAGAUCUCCAUUAUCGUCCAACCGCUGCUACGAGGCUCGAUAUACGACUACCGCCGGCUUCAGUUUCCGGUGGAGGGCUCCAGCGCUGGCUUCGCGCGCAAGGUUGUCCGGCGGUUCGAUGCAGACGUACGGCCCACCGAUAAAGAGAUCAUCUUCAAAGACUUCACCAACCUCGACACCAACUGCCGCAUCAUCGUCGCGACGGUUUCUCUGGGUAUGGGCAUGGAUAUUCCUGAUGUCAGGCCAGUCAUACAAUUCGGCAUCCCCCCCAGCACCAGCAUCGCAGAUAUUUGGCAACGCAUUAGAAGAGCGGUGCGCAAGCAGCCUGUCGAUGGCCGUGUCCAAGGCAUCGCAUAUCUCUUCAUUCUAUACUGGGCUUUUGAUCACCUUGGGAGCGUCGAGAAGCAGAAGCCAGCCGCGAGGAAGAGGCCACAACCCAGGAGAGCUCAACGCCAACCAAACGCUGCUGUCGUCAGCAGUCGACUACAGCUAAUGACUCUGGUUGAUGACGAGAGUGACAACGACGCGGGGGGCCAUGCCAGUGCCGUUACGCAAGCAAGUCAAGACACCAUUGUAUCAGAAUCUCAAGCACCAGCCGUCCCUGAAGAGCUUACUCUAGAGGCAACUAUUAGCUCCCAGUGUCUAUUUGACUUUACAACUAAAGGCGAGAAGCCAUCGACGGGUUCUCUGGCCGGACACGCACUCAAGCAUAUAUCUUCCUGGUGUAUCAAGAACGCCCGGAACCUGGUAUAA